AACUCAGAUCACAUCCCAAUCCUGAACAGAAGAGAGAAUUCGGACUUUUCUCUCACUGAAUUGCUCGUCUGUUCUAAUUCUUCGAUGGCAAUUCCUAUGUUGAGAUUGGAUCGCCAAAUGAAGAGAGUGUUUCAAGUGAUGGGGGUCUUGCUCUGGGCAACAAUGUUGGCGCGAUGGAGCGAAGCAUACGAGUUCAAAGCUGGAGAUGCCAAGGGUUGGACCGUCCCUGCUGAUUCCAGUGCAAAUGCUUUAAAUGAGUGGGCAGAAAAAAACCGUUUCCAAAUUGGAGACUCUCUAGUGUUUGUCUACCCGCCCGGCCAAGACUCAGUGCUAUAUGUGAACCAAGACGACUACAAAAAUUGCAAUGAUGCAUCGCCUAUCGCAAAAUAUGUCGAUGGCCACACCGUGUUCAAGUUCAACCAGUCAGGACCAUUUCACUUCAUAAGCGGAAACAAAGACAACUGCCACAAGAAUGAGAAGAUGGUGGUCGUUGUGAUGGCUGACAGGAGCAACAAGACCAGUGGCGCAGUUUCACCGUCCCCGGCACCUUCUGGCGAGGAGUCUCCUUCUCCACCGGCCGGUACGGUGGAGAUAAACCCAACUCCGGCUCCUGUCAGCCAAACACCACCACCCGGGAAUGGCGCUACCUCAGUGUUUGUCGGUUUUACCGGUUCUAUCGGAGCAUUUGUGGCUUCAUCUCUACUUCUGGCAUUCUAAGCGGAGGAUCGGGAAUUACGAUAUUGCGUUGAAUUUGCAGCGGCUAUCUGAAUUACCUUCUUUUGCUCUCUUUUUUUCACCCCAGUUUCUUCUCUGUGAUUUUUCUCGCUUCAAGCUCGGCUACUUCAUCUGGGCAAGGUGGAGCGGCAUCUGACAUUUGUUAUUGAGGAAUUUGUUUUGGUUUUACAUAUCACAAGUGUGUUGAGUUGUUUUCACCGUAUGAGAACAUUGUAGAUGUGAACAUAAAUAAAUUCCAGGGGCUUCUGGCAA